AUGUCGAUCAAAGUUGGCAAGCCUCUGACAACAUCCUGUUCCCAGAGCUUUCCAUAUUCCAGCGAUCUUGGAUAUUCUCCAGAGAUCUUGGAACCUCUCCGGUGGCCGCGGUUCGUCCUCUUUCUCCAGUUCAGGAAGUCAACCAUAGAGCGCAUGAAAAUGAAAAGUGCAGGAAGAGGUGCUGCGAAUGGAAUGAAAAUAGGUGUGAGCACGGCCAAGGAGCCGGCUGGUUCGUCAGUUCAGCGCGCGAGGCCAACCAACACGCCUCCAAGAGGCCGCCUGAGCUCUACUGAGAAGAUGAGAGUGACGGUGUAUAAGUGCGCUCCGGAUGCUCCCCUCCAAGCGAAUGAACAGGGGAAAGCUUUGAUUGUUCCAGAUACUUGGCAAGAGUUUCUGAAUGUGAUGAGCGCGCGAAAGAGAAAUUUGCUUUUGACUUGUUUGGCACAGGCUGUCUCUAGGAAAUUCAAUGUAAAUCGAAUCAUCAGCGUGGAGACUCUUGAUGGAGGAACAAUCUUGGAAGAAUUGGAUGAGAUCAUGGCAGGAGACAAGCUUGUAAUUCGAUGCGCAGAGGAUGGAAGAGGCCGAAAUAUGAAUGGUCAGCAGGAAGAAGCAGGAGAGGUCGAUCACAUGGAGGAAUUGUUCCGCAGAAACGUGCUCGAUGUGCUGGGCGAUGAGAACGAUCACGGGGCUGUAAAGCCCGAUACCAGCGUGGACCAUGCCAACAUGAACAACAUGAUGUCAUCCAUGUCUCAGAUGUCUCUACGAGGAAAGGGGAUGGACCACGAGGUAGCCAGGAAUGCUGUGGUGGGUCAGCAGGAGAACAAUAACGGGAACCAGAUGAACCUCCACCUCCAUGACAACAUGAACCUCAGACCCCAAGGUGACAUGCAGCCCGGGAAUGGCGGAGUGAUGGACAUGCCGCCGCUCAACGGGCAGCAGCUGCAGAUGUGGAACGAGCAGGUUCAGCGAAUGCUCGCCGCUACUCAGAUCCCAGGGCAAAUCUCGGGCAACCAGGUUCCGAACCCAGGGUUCCUUCCAAACAACAUUCCGGCGAACAACAACGCAAACUGGGCGUCAAUGCAGCCUCUCGCUCGGCAGUUCAUGAUGCAACAGCAGAACCUCAUGCCGGGCAUGCAGCCUCAGCAGCCAGGAGCUCUACCAGGUAUGAAUAUGAAUCCUGCAUUCGGCCUCGGGCAGUUCGGACCGCAGAGUAACGGACGACGCUCGCACGAGCAGGCAAGGUUUUCUCCGCUGGUUCAGAUCCUCCGCGAUCAUUUAGUGGCGACUAACGUGAAGGAGAUGGACGUCGAGCUGAUCUCACAGAAGCUUGCGUCUCUCGUGCCCGACUGGCAAACUCGGCUCGGGGUGAACAGCGUAGCUGACUACAUCAAUGAGGCUGCACAGGCGGGGCUCGUGCAGGUUCAGCAGAACGGCAAGCAGAUCGUCGCAUCGAUUCGCGGCAACAGAGAGAUGGGAAUCGUCAAGUGGGUGAAGGAGAGUUAUGGCUUCAUCCAGUCAGCAUCUCAUGCUGAAGAUUUGUUCUAUCAUGGCAGCGAGGUCCGAGCUAACCGUCUUCUCAUGGCCGGAGAUGAAGUCGAGUUCCUAGUCGUGCGGAAUCCUUUCACGGGCAAACUGAACGCAACUCAAAUCUACCUCAUUAACGGAACCGACUCUCCGGUCGCUCUUCAAGGAGGAGGCUCGGCUGGUCUUGCUCCCCUUGCUACAGCGGAAAGUCUGAACCAGUUCUUUGCGGGAGAGAACAAUGAAGAGAUUAAUCAGUUCAUUGAUCGCAUGUCCAACAUGGGGUUCUCCAUUUCGCAGAUCGAAGAAAGUCUUCGUAGCUUCCACGCUAACAUAUCAGGAGGGAACAACUUCAAUGUUGGCGUUAACGGACCAUAUGGAUUCGGUGGGUCUUCCAUGGCUGGGAAAUCGCAGAUCAUUGAGCCGAACAAGGAGCCCUGGUUGUUCAAGACCAAAAUGUGCAAAUUUUGGCCCAACUGCCCGCGAGGCGCAAAAUGCUGGUUUGCCCAUGGCGACGAUGAACUUCGCAAGCCCAACAGCGUCGCCUAUAUGCUCUCGACGCAGGGCAAACUGAUCGAUCAGCAGCAGCAGCAGCAGCAGCUCCAGACCAUGGGGAUGGAACAGCGUCCUCUCCUCAACGGCAUGAUGGGCAAUGCCGAGAACCAGUUCUUCCAGCCGAGCUUGCAUGACGGGGAGCAGCUUGAGAUGGGCUCGUACAACGGGGGAAUGCCUAUGAACAACAUGCCUCCCUUCUACGCCAUGCAGCGACAGGGCUUGCCCAAUGAAGGAUGGAACGUGGCAGAUCAGAGCGGCUGGAUGUCCUCCAUGCCUAGCACGGACUUCCUUCCCUCGGGUCAGUACGACAAUCAUGGCUACCUCGGCGACUCCAUGUUCAGCGCUGUUGACGGCUCCAGCAACAGCGGGUUCGGGACACUUGACACUGGGCUGCCUUCGGGGAGCUAUGGCGGCAGAUGA